AUGUCCACUGAAAUUGAAGAAGCAACUAAUGCCGUAAACAACUUGAGCAUCAACGACUCCGAACAGCAGCCAAAGGUUCCUACUCACAAGACAGUAAUCGACCCUGAAGAUACAAUCUUCAUUGGUAACGUUGCUCAUGAAUGUACCGAAGACGACUUGAAGCAACUGUUUGUGGAGGAAUUCGGGGAUGAAGUCAGCGUAGAGAUCCCAGUCAAGGAGCACACCGACGGUCAUAUCCCAGCUAGUAAACAUGCAUUGGUCAAGUUCCCAUUCAAGAUUGAAUUCGAAGAUAUCAAGGACAAAUACGACACUAAUGUUGUUAAGGACAGAGAAAUUCAUAUCAAGAGAGCCAGAACUCCCGGCCAAAUGCAAAGAGGUGGUUUCAGAGGUAGAGGCGCCUUCAGAGGCAGAGCUGGGUUUAGAGGCGGUUUGAGAGGCGGUUUCAGAGGCAGAGGUAACUUCAGAGGCAGAGGUGGUGCCAGAGGUGGUUUUAAUGGCCAAAAGAAGGAGAAAAUUCCAUUAGACCAAAUGGAAAGAUCAAAGGAUACUUUAUAUGUUAAUAACGUUCCAUUCAAAGCUACUAAAGAGGAAGUGGCAGAGUUCUUCGGUACUAAUGCCGACUCCGUCUCUUUACCAAUGAGAAAGAUGAGAGAUCAACAUACUGGUAAAAUUUUCACCUCUGAUUCCGCUAAUAGAGGUAUGGCAUUUGUCACUUUCAAUGAUGAAAACAUCAACAUUGAUCGUAAAGCUGAUGAAUUUAAGGGUCAGGUUUUUGGCGACAGAGAAUUAACUGUUGACGUUGCCGUUGUUAGACCAGAAAAUGAUGAAGAAGAAGCUGAACAAGAAACUGGAUCUGAAGAAAGACAAGAGUGA